AUGGCUGGAUCCAUGACGUCCUCCCUCGUGUGGGCCCUGUGGCACGUUGUGGCUGCUAACGUUGAGAACUGCGACAAGCUGGCGGAUACGCCGCUGAAUGCCGGCUUCUGGCGGCCUGCCGUUAUCAUGGACUCGCUGGACGUCCACUUGGGCACGCUGAGGGCGGCGCCCCUUAACCAGCCGGUGCACUUGACCGGCCUCUGUGGUGUGGGCAGCGGCCUGCAGUCAAGCCAGUUCCAAUGGGACCAUGAAUCUCACUUCGGCGGGGAUUGGAUCGCAAACACCGACAGGUCGGAAAUCGCGGUGUACAUAGGCCAAGCCGAACCUUGCACACUGACCGGAGUGGCCAUCGUCACGGAGAACACCUCUCCGGCCCUGCGCCUGCAGUUCGAGAAGUGUGCAGGCAGAGCGGCGAUCGAGGUGCCCCUCUUUUCGCAGAAGUCCGGAGGCAUGAAGCUGAUGCCCUGGAUCUGCGGAGUCUCCUCCGCCACGAAGCUCUGCAGCCAGGCGGAGCAGAUGGCCGGCAACGGCACGAUGCCCGCGCCGCGAGAGGAGGAGACUUUGGAUUUGGCACCGCUCGCGGAAGCUGCUUCAAAGGGUGUCCUGCACACCAACGCGAAAUCGACGUGCUUUGAUGCGCUCCACUGGUUCGUGGUCCAUGGUGGGAUUGGUGUGGACGAAAAAGAGUGGCCAUUCCUGCAGGCCAUGUACAAGAUGCUAAAGCUGGAGGAGCGCCCGACUCUGCAGUCAGACGUGGACAUUGAGGUGCAGGAGGUGUGCUUCCCGAGUUGCACUGGGACCUGGGAUGAGGCCAAGUGUGGCCCAAAGCCAGUAACUGCGACUACAGCUCCGAUUGCAGCAGCGCCAGAGCUGACAACGCCACACCCGGAUCUGCCGGAAGUGCCCUACACGCCGAUUCUCUCCAAAACACGGCUCGGGAAGUUUCGCCAGGAGCUCUCCAACCCAGAGACGGGCCCUUGGCUUUGGAUCUCGCUGGCAGGGGCAUGCUUGCUUGGCAUAUUCUUCGCCCUGCUGUGCUUCCCGCUCUUCCGCUCCAGGGAGCCAGCGCUGAAGCCUGCACCGCGAGUCAAGCAGGUGGAGGUGUUGUAUCCAGACCACACGACUGCCUCCGCGAAGCUGAUGAGAUGA